AUGGAGAAGGAUGAAUACCAGCUACCCAACUCUCAUGGGAAGAAUACUUUUCUAUCGCGAAUAUUUGGUUUGCAAUCUGAUGAAGUUAACCCUUCUCUUAACAAUCAGGAGAUGAGUAAUUUUCCUUUACCUGACAUAGAGAGAGGUUCAUCUUUGUUGCCUUCUUCUAAAGUAAGCCAUGAGGUUGGAGACGAGAAUGAUUUACGUGUUCCUGAGUCAGACCAAGGCACGAGCACAGAAGAAGAGGAUGAAGAAGAGGAAGAACAGAUCCAAGCGUAUGCGCCACAGAUUGGUAAUAGAUUAUAUGGCGGCAAUCAUUUAAAUAAGGUGGCAAGUGAUAAGAAAGUAUUUAAAAAUGAAAAUAGUGGUCUAGAGAGGCCAGUUGAGGGCUCUACUGAUGAUUCUGUACCCAAGGUCGGGCAGCUUUCGUCAGAUGAAGAAGAUAAUGAGUUCAUAAAUAAUGAUGGUUUUGAAGACGAUACACCCCUUUUUCAAAAGGGAAGUAUGCAAGACUCUGUCACGAAAAAGAGCAACAUUGUAGAAAACGGUCAACGACCUUUAUUUUUCAGGCAUAUCUUACAGAAUAACCAUCCUCAACGUAAUACUCAAAAGUUAUUUACCUCAUCGAAGGCCACUCGAUACGAUAAGGAUAAGAAUGCGGAUAAUUCUUCUCGGAAUACCAACUGGAGUAGAAAACAUGGCACCAAGUAUUUCGGCCGUGGAUCACAAUCUCGAUUUAAUGGCUCGUCGUCGAAUUACACAAAUCGGUUCACCAACUUAUUUCUACUAAGAAAACCGAAUUUGUUAAACAAUAUUUCUGUUUUGAAUAGCACCCCUGAAGAUAGAAUAAACACUUUAAGUGUCAAAGAACGGGCUCUUUGGAAGUGGGCAAAUGUAGAAAACCUUGACAUGUUCCUACAAGAUGUUUACAAUUAUUAUUUAGGAAAUGGGUUUUAUUGCAUAAUUCUAGAAAAAAUACUGAAUAUCAGUACUUUACUUUUUGUUGUCUUCAUUUCAACGUACAUGGGUUAUUGCGUUGAUUACUCGAAAUUGCCGAGUAGUCAUCAGGUUUCAGAUAUUAUUAUCGAUAAGUGUUAUUCUAAUAAUAUAACAGGAUUCACAAAGAUUUUUCUCUGGUUGUUUUAUUUCUUUGUUAUACUCAAAAUUGUUCAGCUUUACUUUGAUGUUAAAAAAUUAUCGGAAUUGCAAAACUUCUAUACGUACUUGUUAAACAUAGCAGAUGAUGAGCUUCAAACUUUGCCGUGGCAAAACGUAAUACAACAAUUGAUGUAUUUGAAGGAUCAAAACGCAAUGACGGCAAAUGUGGUUGAGGUUAAAGCCAAGAAUCGAAUUGAUGCACAUGAUGUCGCAAAUAGGAUUAUGAGAAGAGAAAAUUAUCUCAUAGCACUUUACAACAGUGAUAUUUUGGAUUUGUCCUUACCUAUACCAUUACUUAGAACCAAUGUAUUGACAAAAACAUUAGAAUGGAAUAUAAAUUUAUGUGUCAUGGGUUUUAUGUUCAAUGAAUCCGGUUUUAUUAGGCAAAGUGUUCUAAAACCUUCCCAAAGGGAGUUUACACGAGAAGAGUUGCAAAAAAGGUUCAUGUUAGCAGGAUUUCUUAACAUUAUACUUGCCCCAUUUUUGGUCACUUAUUUUGUUUUGCUUUAUUUUUUUAGAUAUUUUAAUGAAUAUAAGACGUCGCCAGGAUCUAUUGGGGCACGCCAAUACACUCCAAUUGCAGAAUGGAAAUUCCGUGAGUAUAACGAACUUUAUCACAUUUUUAAGAAGAGAAUCAGUUUGAGCACAACAUUGGCUAACAAAUACGUCGACCAAUUUCCAAAGGAAAAGACUAAUCUGUUUUUGAAGUUUAUUUCUUUUAUAAGUGGAUCGUUCGUGGCAAUUCUAGCUUUUCUUACUGUUUUUGAUCCAGAAAACUUUUUGAACUUCGAAAUCACCUCAGAUAGAUCUGUCAUUUUUUAUAUUACUAUUUUGGGUGCUAUAUGGUCUGUAAGUAGAAAUACAAUAGCACAAGAGUACCACGUUUUUGACCCCGAAGAGACUCUUAAAGAGCUGUAUGAAUAUACACACUACUUACCAAAAGAGUGGGAAGGAAGAUACCAUAAGGAGGAGAUUAAAUUAGAGUUCUGUAAAUUGUACAACUUACGGAUAGUAAUACUUUUGCGGGAACUCACUAGCUUAAUGUUGACGCCGUUUGUUCUUUGGUUUUCACUGCCUUCUUCAGCUGGCAGAAUUGUUGAUUUCUUCAGAGAAAAUUCUGAGUAUGUGGAUGGGUUGGGAUAUGUCUGCAAGUAUGCCAUGUUUAACGUGAAGGAUAUAGAAAGCAACGAUACUGACAGCAUUGGAGAAGAUGGUUUAACAAGAAAGACGGCUGCGAACGAAAGACAUACAUUCAACAGUAGACGAAGGAGAAAAUUUACUAGCGAAGACCAUAGCAAUAACGAUAUGGCAAACAAUAAAAUGUUACAAUCAUACGUUUAUUUCAUGGAUGAUUAUUCUAACACAGAUAAUUUGACAGGUAAAUAUCAGUUACCUGUAAAGCGAGGUUAUCAAAAUAACGAAGGCGACCCAUUUCUGAAUAAUAAGUACUCCUGGAGAAAGCAAUUCCAACCAGGUCAGAAGCCAGAGUUAUUUAGAAUAGGCGAGCAUGCACUGGGUCCCAAUCACAACAUAACACCUGCUGUAUACUCUACAAACAAAACCGCAAAAAAAUGGAAUAACAAUAGUAAUAAUACUAAUAGUAAUAAUAAUAAUAAUAAUAAUAAUAAUAAUAAUAAUAAUAAUGGCAAGAACAUAGGUGAUGAGACUAAUGAAGCUGCUACUAAUAAAGAUAAUAAUGAUAGUAAUAAUAAUAAUAAUGGCAAUAAAGAUUCCGAAUACGAGAUCACAGAAUCUUUUUUAGAUUCGGGUGCUUUCUCUCAUUAUGAUGGAAUAAAUCACAACAGUAUAUUAAAUUCGGAUUAUAACAGUAAUGGUAUACUCAAUAAAGGUGGUGUACUGGGACUUGUUAAAGAAUAUUACAAAAAGUCAGAUGUUGGAAGAUAA